AAAUAAAUUUCGAUAUGGAAUCCCGCGUCCAACACUACGGUAAAGUACCCAGUACGAGUACUGUACCGUACCUGCCCACCCUACUAGUAGCUUCCUGUAGCGGUAGCACUCGUACUUUGCCUUCCUCCAUCGGCACCGGAAACCGACACGAUUCUUCCGCAGCGAGCGAGUUGUUUCGAGCAACAAGGAAACGACCAUGACUCCCGGAGUCCAGCCUUUGGUCGGUGCCGUGAAGGCCGACCAGGAGAACGGUGCCGGGGCCCUCGUUGCGAGAUCCGAUGGGACGGAAGCUGCCCCGGCGCUUGUUUGCACCCCCGUUCCGCAGGCGGCGGUGCCGGGAACAAGCGCAGCGGCAGCCCUUCCUUUCGACUUUGGAGGAGCAGCAGCAUCAACAACAGCAGCAGCAACGAUGACCACGACAACGACAACGGCAACGGCAACGACAUCCACCACGAACAGAAGCGCAACCAAAAAAGGCAAUGGCAAGACACUCGCGGCGAAACAAACCCUGUUGAUGGAAAAAAACGAAAUGUUUCUGAAGCACAAGCGCCGCUACUGCCGGAUCGAGGGCUGCAACAGCAUCGUCAAGUCGCAGGGUCUCUGCCAGAGACACGGGGCCAAGCCAAAACCCUGCAAGGUUCCGGGCUGCACCAAGCAAGCCCAGGGAAACUUCGACAAGAUGUGCAAGGCGCACUUUAAGGCCAUGAAGCGAAAGACCACGCCGAUUCCGAAGGUGGUAAACACGGACGUUCCCCCGCCCGCCGAGGGAUUUAGCGUGUACGACGAGAUUCUGCCGAAGAGCCUCAACUUUGUCAACGACUUUAGCGCGGGCAGCGUCGAAAACGGUGGCAAUAACAACGAGGCAGCACACGACAACAACAACAACAACAACAACAACAACAACAACAACAUCAACAUCAACAUCAACAUCAACAUCAACAUCAACAUCAACAUCAACAUCAACAUCAACAUCAACAUCAACAUCAACAUCAACAUCAACAUCAACAACAAAACCCCGAUCGAUACGCGGAAACUCCCGCUGAUCGUCCAUCUCAAGCACGGUUUUGAUACGCUCAAGCCCCCGGCCUGGCACCGGAACGAGGAACGCAGGGCACGAGGAAUGUUUCCCAUUGACAACCCCGCCGCCCAGCUGGAAGGGUGGGAACGAGAAUUGGUCUGGAUGGAAAUCCUGGUGCUCACGGGUGUUCCCGGGGCUUCCUUUCGACACCUGGCCAGGGCCUGGGGACGAGACAAAGGGUUUCACAUGGUGCUGGCCCAGUUCAUUUGCGAACGCCAUGGGAACGUCGAGCGAAAGAAACGAAUCAAGGAAAAGAAGAAAGACAAGGACGGCUGGGACGAUCUUUGUGGCAAAGCGAGCAAGAACAAGCGCCGCAAGAGCGGCGGUUCGGCCAACAAGAAAAAGUCUGCCAGAGACAAGGGGUACACCGACGGCGAGACCGUAGAAAGCAGCGGCGAGUGCAACAACGGCGGGAAGAACAACGACGACGUCGGGGCCGACGUCUGGGAUCCCUCCCUGUACGGGGACGUCGACACGAACGAGGCCCUGGCGGCCGAGAUCUUUGAUUUCUCGGAGAAGGAAUUCGAGCGGGUCGUCGCCAGGCUGAAGCACACCACCGGCGCGGGCCGGUCGUCCUACGGGGCCCCGAGCGACGCCUCGGCCUCCACCUCGGCCACGAACCGGUCCGCCCACGCCUACGGCGAGGCGCAGGCGGCCGCGACGGCCAUCCUGGGGACGCCGCAGCCGUCGCUGCUGCACCGGCGGUCGGUCUCGGCCCUCUCGGCGGCAUCGGCCGGGAGCCGGGCGGCGGGCGAGCAGCUGGGGGAGAUCCUCCCGACGCCCGUCCACGUCGAGGUCAACCCCGCGGUACCCUCGCAGCCGCGGCAGGCACCGCAGCAACAGAUACAGCAGCAGCAGCAGCAACAACAACAACAACAACAACAACAGAUACAACAACACCAACAGCAGCAAGCGACGCCAGCUUCGGCAGUCCCACAGGGUGCGGAUUUGAUGGCCCACAACCACAUGGGUCAGCAACAGCAGCAAAAGCAGAUCCCGAAUCCAAAUCAAGUACAAAGAAAUACCACGGCGUUUGCUCCGGCGUCCAUCCCCGAUGCCCAGAGUUAUCACGAACAGAUCAACACGGCGCUUCAGGGAGAACUCUUUGCAACAGAAGCUCCGACAGUAGGGACACCGGUAGCGGGAACACCCAUACCGAUGACGAUGCCACCUGUAGCAGCUUUGCCACAGCAGCAGCAGCACCCGGUGCAGAUGCAGAUGCAAAUGCAGAUGUCAUCCCAGCAGAUGUUACCACAACCGCACCAACAGCAGAUGCAAUCACAACGGAUGCAGCAGCAGCAGCAACAGCAACAACUUGCACUACAGCAGCAGCAACAACAAGAGCAACUUGCACUUCAGCAUCAACAACAGCAACAGCAACAGCAACUUGCACUUCAACAUCAGCAGCAACAGCAACAGCAACAGCAACUUGCACUUCAACAUCAGCAGCAACAGCAACAGCAACUUGCACUUCAACAUCAUCAUCAACAGCAGCAGCAAACGGCACUUCAACAGCAACAACAGCCGCAGGAGCAAGUUUACCGAGAGCCAGUACAAAUGCAAGUGCAAGAUCAUUCAAUCCAAAUCGAUGUUCGUGACCAUCAGCAGCAGCGACAGCUUAUCCAGGCAUCAACAGAAACUCAACAAAGACACCAAAACCUAUCCGCAUCACAGCCAGCAGUACAGCAGCAGCAGGUAGCCCAUUUAAACGUCCAGCCACCACCCUCGCAAUCUGAAAGAGAAGCUCAAGCCGAAGCGCAUCUGCAGGCACAGUCACACGCUAUUACUCAACACAUGUCUGAUACAGCCAUGCAAGUACCUGCGCCACCAAUUCAAACAGAACCACAAGUACAGGCACAGUCGCAAUCGUUUCCACAACAAACUACGUAUGCAUAUCCACCUCAUCAGCAAGUCCAUCAGCAGGAGCAGCAGGGACAGCAACACGAUCAUAAUAUGGCACCAAUGGCCAUCCCUGCUCCCGCGCCUAUGGUAGGACAGCAGCAAGAUCAUAAUCUAGCACCGGUACCUAUGCCUGCUCCGCAACCUUUGUCGGUGCCUGCCCCUCCUCUGGCACAACCAACUCAAUUUUCACAUGCACAGACCCCUGUCACUCAACAGCAGCAGCAGGUCGUUCGUAUGCCAUACUCGCAAGAAAACCAAGAGCACAUGCUUCCCACUGGGUCGCACCAAGUAGCAAAUGUGUCCUACGAACAACGACAACCGCAACACCAGCAAAAUUACGAUGCGGCUAAGAUUCCUGCCAACUUACAUACGCAGCAAUCAGGAGCAGUACCAGGACAGAUUAUUCCUGCUCCGCUUCAACAGCAGCAGCAACAACAACAUCCACAGCUUCAAUACACGCAACCAAGCAUGCCUUCCGCACCCGAAACGCUGCAACUACCUCCACCACAACAGGUAGAUACACAGCAACAACCUGCUUAUUCGCAGCAAGACCAUCAGCAGGCAUAUAGCCAGGCUCAGCCGCAAACUCAAGAUGCUACCUCGAUUUCUGCACCGCCAGAACCAUGUAUUAGUGCUAGUGCGCAACACAGUGUUCAACAUUCUUAUCCUCAAGAACAACCGCAUGACCCACACAUGCAGCAGCAGCAGCAACAACAACAACAACAACAACAACAACAACAACAACAACAACAACAACAACAACAACAGCAGCAACAACAACAACAACAACAACAACAACAACAACAACAACAACAACAACAACAACAAAAUCUGAACAACCUGACGGAUGAAUCUGUAGCACAAGAUCCACGAAACGUGCACCACAAAAUGAAUAUUACUCGACAGGACUAGCUACGGCAGACCAACAACGAUGUAGGCAAGGGAAGUGCUCCGUGUCCACACCAGUCUUACGUUAUUCAUUUUGAUAAUGCAACUAGUAAAAGGAACAGUUUGUC